AUGACCGCCUCGUGUAAUGGCAUGCUUUCGUUCAGUGCGAAGUUCGACAAGCUGGAUGUGUGCGGAGUUAUCGGCGAGGAUACGCCGGAGUUCACCUAUUACAAGGCUAUUAUUGCUGUGUGGAUGAAUGAGAUGGUGUUCCUGAGCAGUGAAGAAGACCCCACACCACUACCCGCACCGCUCAACCGCAACGGCAUUGGUAUGACCAAACUGGCCAUGGAGCUCAGCAGGGUCAAGGAUGUGGCAGCUACCAUCACGGUGGUAUAUCCUGGGCUGGAGAUUGAGGCGGCGGUGAUAAGGGUAGACGAAGGGGCUAUAGACAACUGGAAUUACUCCACAGUCACCUUGCAGCUGGCCUUGCCGGCCCCUUACACGGUUGCCACCAACUACUCCGGGAAGGUGGACCUGCUCGAGAUGAACGACGAAACAGCUGUGGCAGACGCUUUCUUCUUCGCUGAGCAGUGCAACGGACUCAAAGCUAACGACACGUGUGCACAGAAGAUCACCUACGACAUACUCACGUGUGACAUGACAGGCUCAUAUGCCAUGAUGCAGAUCCCACUGAUCUGUGAGGAGCUCAAUGAGAAGGGCGAGCCAGCCGAAUGCCCAACGAUUCUGAGCAAAGCGGACAUUUACUUCUACUUGGAUACCAACAACUUCUGCGAU